ACGCCGCUUCAGCCUCGGUUAACCUGCUGCUUGUUGUUUUCUGCAACAAGAUGGCUGUCGUUCCUGAGAGCAGAGUCCUCACAUUCAGCGUUUUUAAAUGGAGCUCUUAUUCCUCUACAUAUUUACCCGAAAACAUCUUGGUGGACAAACCUAGUGAUCAAUCUUCCAGGUGGUCUUCAGAGAGCAACUACCCUCCACAGUUUUUAAUCUUGAAAUUGGAAAGGCCGGCAGUUGUUCAGAGCAUCACCUUUGGGAAAUACGAGAAGACUCAUGUCUGCAAUUUGAAGAAGUUCAAAGUGUUUGGCGGAAUGAGUGAAGAGAACAUGACGGAGCUUUUGUCCAGCGGCCUUAAGAAUGACUACAACAAGGAAACUUUCACCUUAAAGCAUAAGAUUGAUGAGCAGAUGUUUCCCUGCAGAUUUAUCAAAAUAGUGCCUCUGAUGUCUUGGGGUCCAAGUUUUAACUUCAGCAUCUGGUACAUUGAGCUGCACGGUAUUGAAGACCCAGAUGUGGUGCAGCCCUGCCUUAACUGGUACAGCAAGUACAGGGAACAAGAAGCUAUUCGGCUUUGCCUCAAACACUUCCGGCAGCAUAACUAUACAGAGGCCUUUGAGUCUCUGCAGAAGAAGACUCGGAUAGCGCUGGAGCACCCGAUGCUCACCCACCUGCACGACCGCCUGGUGCUGCAAGGAGACUUUGAUGCCUGUGAAGAGCUCAUAGACAAAGCUGUCAGAGAUGGUUUAUUUAACCAGUAUAUAAGCCAGCAGGAGUACAAGCCGAGGUGGAGCCAGAUCAUCCCGAAAUGUAACAAAGGUACAAGCGUGCAAGAAAUCAGCCGAGACGACAUGAACAGUGAUGGGGACGACAACAGGCCUGGAAUGAGAGGAGGGCAUCAAAUGGUCAUUGACGUCCAGACGGAGACUGUGUACCUCUUUGGGGGCUGGGAUGGCACUCAGGACCUGGCUGACUUCUGGGCUUACAGCGUUCAGGAGAACCAGUGGGCCUGCAUCUCCAGAGACACAGAGAAAGAGAGUGGUCCGAGUGCUCGUUCCUGCCAUAAGAUGUGCAUCGACUCCCAGCGGCGUCAAAUCUACACGCUAGGACGUUACCUCGACUCUAGUGUCAGAAACAGCAAAUCUCUGAAGAGUGACUUUUACCGCUACGACAUUGAUGCCAACACCUGGACGCUACUCAGUGAAGACACGUCAGCUGAUGGAGGGCCGAAGUUAGUGUUUGAUCAUCAGAUGUGCAUGGACUCAGAGAAGCACAUGAUUUACACAUUUGGCGGGCGGAUUCUGACGUGUAACGGCAGCGUAGAGGACAGUCGGACGUCAGAGCCCCAGUUUAGUGGCUUGUAUGCCUACCACUGCCAGGCUGGAUCGUGGAGCCUCCUACGGGAAGAUUCUUGUAAUGCCGGUCCAGAGGAUGUACAGUCCCGUAUCGGGCACUGCAUGCUCUUUCACACAAGAAACCGCUGUUUGUACGUGUUUGGAGGUCAGAGGUCCAAGACUUACCUCAAUGAUUUUUUCAGUUAUGAUGUUGACGGCGACCACGUGGAAAUAAUAUCAGACGGCACCAAGAAGGACUCGGGCAUGGUGCCGAUGACGGGCUUUACUCAGAGAGCCACCAUCGACCCUGAGCUCAACGAGAUCCACGUCCUGUCCGGCCUCAGCAAAGACAAGGACAAACGCGAGGAGAACGUUCGUAACUCCUUCUGGAUCUACGACAUCGUCCGCAACAACUGGUCGUGCGUUUAUAAGAACGAUCAGGCAGUGAAAGAAAACCCAAGUAAAGCUCUGCAGGAGGAGGAGCCGUGUCCACGCUUCGCACACCAGCUGGUCUACGAUGAGAUGCACAAGGUACAUUACCUUUUUGGUGGAAACCCUGGCAAGUCUUGUUCUCCUAAAAUGCGCCUAGAUGACUUUUGGUCCCUAAAAUUGUGUCGACCCUCCAAGGAGUACCUGCUCCGCCACUGCAGAUAUCUAAUCAGAAAAUACAGGUUUGAGGAAAAGGCCCAGUCGGAGCCGCUGAGUGCACUGAAGUAUCUGCAGAACGAUCUGUCCUUAACUGUGGACCACACAGACCCAGAUGAGACUAAAGAGUUCCAGCUCCUGCCGUCAGCACUCUUCAAGUCCGGUUCUGACUUCAUCCCUCUGGGAUUCUCGGACGUGGACCAGACGUACGCACAGAGAACGCAGCUCUUCGACACACUGGUGAACUUCUUCCCAGACAGCAUGACGCCGCCCAAGGGCAAUUUGGUUGACCUCAUCACCCUCUAGCCCCUGCCCCUCCCUCUCCAAACACACACCUCCCAUCCAGCCGCUGGGACGGACGAUAUGGAGACCAGUUGCGUAUCUACUCCUGAACCCCCCCUUGUCCCCCGCUUGUGGAAUUACCUGGAACAUGUUCCGCCUCCUGUGGCGUCUUACUCAAACGGACCGCGUUACCUCAAUGGGUACAUGCAGGUGGUGGCCACGCCCAAGUUCAGGGCUGUGAAUGAAUGAUAGAACCCAGUGGAUGAAAUAUAACGGCACUUUGUGAGCGAAACACCGAGGUGACCUGAGGUAUGCCCCCCCCCCACAUGCCUCACAAAAAAAAAAAACAGCAUAAUACUUUUUGUUUUGUUUCUGAUGAUUUGCACUCUUUCCUGAAGCACGGAACUCUCAAACCUCUGCGAAACACUGCGUUUGUUUUUCAUGCCUCUCCCCCACCACCCCCAAAUCAAAAGAGGAUUUCAAAGCACUUCCUGCUUACAUUUUCUUUCUUUAAAGUGUCAGAUUUGUGCUUUGUCUGCACACAGUCCGCCACAGGAGAGCAUCCUCACGUUUACGCCAGAAGAGAUGCCGGCGGGUUCGGUCCGUGACGCGGAUUACGUCUGAACAGGCCAAAUCUACUGACACGUACAGUUCAGACUCGCCGUGGAACUGAUGCAAGAAUUGUUUCAUCCUCACAGCCAGAAGAAGAAAGACGACAUUUUUAAUAAUGCCUCACGUUACCGUCCCUCCAGCUAAGGCCGGUAUCCAUUUUUACGGCUUCUCUUUAUUUCAAAGUGUCAAAACGCAGCGGAGAAAAUCUGCUGCCCAACGCGCAAGAAGAGUCAAUAAAUUUAAUAGUUCUAAAACUAAUUAAGAUCAGGUUUAAUAUGUGUGUAACUGUGCAUUUAUCUUACUGAUGGUGGCUAACGCUGUGCGAUGAUCAGCUGAUAAAUUCACGCGUCACCUCGGUGAUGACUGGACGGUAACUUUCAUUCUGGUCGUGUACAGAAUAUAUAAAUAUAACCAGAUUACAUUCUGUGCCUGAUCAUAUUGUUGGGAGGUGUGAGGGACGUUUGCCGUAUGGUUUCUCCAACUCUUUACCAAAGUGUCAUGCAGCUGUUUGGGUCAUGAAAGAAGGCAGAUGUGGGUCAGACUUAGUCUGUUCAUCGUGAGUGCCAGUUUGUACCUUGUUGUCACAAAUGAGUGACUGAGGCACAUUUGAUUGAGACACAUGUUUUUGUUUGCUCUAGAGUGUGAUUGUGCUGAUGCCAGAAAACCAGUUUGAAAGCUAACGUGGUUUGAAAAUUGUCCUGAUACGAUGAAUCCCGAUUGACAAAAGAAAGUCAUUGAAGAAAUUAUUAAAAAAAAAGUCUAAAUGUUGUCAUAGUAAAGUGAGUUGUUCAUGUGUUCUGUACACAGUAAGCACACAAGAUGGUAGAUUGCACAUUUUUUUUUUUUUUUUUGGUAUUGACCAUUUCCUGCAACGCAUCGUAUUAUGAACCAGAUCAGUGGCUGGUGGGGGUGCUCAGACAUUCAGCUGAAGGGCGAAGCCUUAAUCAGCUCCUCCACAUCGGAACGUUUUCAGUUUUUUAACCGUGAGUCGGCCUGAUUGGCAUUUUAGAUCACGUGCAAAAGUGAUGACGUUAUCAGACGUUUUACCGAAGAUUGUUACGAACAGAGGCGUUGGUCCUCCAGCUUGGGCAAAUGUCUGUGCGAUCUGAAACUGCUGGUUUUAAUUUGACCGUAAUUAUAUCUACAUCGUGUGGACGGUGGAGGAAUUGCAACACCUUUUGUGCACUCCCAAUUUUAAAUGCCAAAAGUAAUCGGACAGUUAUUUUUCUGGCAGCAAAAUGUUUGCGCUCGCUGAUGUCCUGUAACCUCAGUGAGUGAAACGCCGCUCAACAUCAGCUUUUCUAAAUCGGUUCCAGCUCUCAAAAAAAUAAAUAAAUAAAAAUGAAACUUCAGGCGCCCACACUCAUUUUUCAUUGCUGAAACGUGUCCAGGACCCGACUGCAUGGCCGUUUUCCACGUCAGCUACGUGUAUUUUAAGAAACGGCGCAUGAAAAGUUUUCAUCUGAUGAACUCGAUUGUUUGAAACGGAUUGUUCUGACUCUUGUGCCCAGAAGGUGCAGCAAAACAAUGAAACCGGCGCAGCUACAGACCAUAAAAAAAAAAAAAAAAAAAAAUGUCUUAAGUAUUCUGCGUUUGUACAUUUGGUGGAACGUGCUGAAUGUGGAGAUGAUGCUGUUUGUCUGAGGAGUGAUGAACUGAACGAGCAGAAGACUGAUUCCAGACUUAAGACUUAAUCAUUAAGACGAAUAGCUGCAGGAAUAGAAAGGUCAAAGGUCACCUGUGAGCCUGUAUUGGUUAAUUAACUUUAAUCAGUUACUCAGAAUGUUGCUCAAAGACAAUAAAGCAGGGUUUGCCGCUGCUGUUACCAAAUCAUUAUUAUUUUUUUAUUUAUUGGUGCUUCCUCUUGGUUUGCUUUUAGUUACUGUCUUCCACAGCACUGUCACACGUUUUUGUUUGUUUUUUUUAUCUUAGUUUUAUUUCUCAGAUGAAAUCAAUCUUGUUUCUCUUUUUUUCCCUGUGUUUUCACCUUAAAGCCGACACCCUCGUGGUCCGACAUACGAACUGUGACAUUCCAAAAAUGCUACGUGAUUUAUAUAUUUAGUUGAGUGAUCUCAGAUGCAUUUGCUGCAGCUGUUAGCAACGUUCAUAAAUCUUGACGUGCUGAUUUUCAUUCGUCUCACUGUGAAAAACUUUGAGGGCAAACAGAAAAUCAGCAGUUUAACCAGAGAGCUGAAAUAUUUACUCAGCAAUUUGGUUUAUUCAUAUUAUAACUUGCUGAGAUAAAUAUUAAAAUGCUUAUUUAUGUCUUACAAACACUUAAAAACAACAACAACAAAAAAACCUCCACGCUCAAAUAUGUAAUACGAGUGAAAACCCAAUGCUAACUGAAACAGCAAUUAAACUGACUCUUCUUCUGGUGGCUAUUUAUGAUGACGUGUUACACUAAUAUUUGCAUAUUUUACCACCUCGUUGUACACUUACGAUGUAUACGUGUGGUGUUAGCAUUUUAGCAUGUUGCAAAAAUGGAAGAAAUACCAAGGUAUUAACAUAACGUGAUGUUAGCUGAAUUGGCUUUGGACUGGAGCCCGACCAAUAUGUUGGUUGGCCGAUAAUCAGCCAAUAUGAAACUUUCAUCAACAUUUCGGUAUCUGCUAUUUUUGCCAAUAUGAAAAUGUUUAUUUUACCAAAUAAAAACUAAAAUGCAGAUGAACAUUUUGGCUGUUGAAAAAUGUCAUUAUGUAGUUUGUUUGACAGUAUCGGCUGGGAUCCCCAAUACCACUUGGUUACAUAUUAUUGGUUUUGUUUAAAAUUUAUAACCCCCCACUCAGAUUGAGAAAGAAUGGCAGCUCAUUGCUUUGCCACUGUCUCUUUAAGUGCGAUGUUUUACAGCAACAAAAGACAAAUGGUUGUUAUGCCGCCAGCUAGGCGGGGCAUAAAUUGACUUCCUGUUUACUUUGGCUCCACCUAGCUGGCAAAUGCUAAGCGAUGCAAUGUGGACUGCCAAUCUGCGUGAAGGCAGUGUAACAUACGUUAAUUGGUUGUGGGUUUUGUUUAUAAUUUUGAAUAUCAAUCCUCAAUUAUAUUUUUGUCAAAUGUUUGGUAAAGAAAUGUUAGGAAUAAUUGCCUUUUUUAAUAUUUAUUGUAGAUUUUUUGCUUUCCCUAAUAUGUGUAACGUAUCAGCCCCCAAAUGCUUAUCGGUCGGACUCUGUUUUGGACGUGUUUAUGUUGCUACCAGUGACCAUCUAUGGUACUGCAAGAAAUAAUUUUUAUGCCUUUUUAAUGUCUGUAAAAUUGACAGGAUAGUUCAAAGGGCAAAUAAGAUCAACUAUAUAUGUUGUUGUUCUUGGUUUUUGCUUCAUUUUUUUUUUUUUAUUCCUCAUGGGAAAGCUGUUUCAUCACAACAUAAUUCCUGGUUAUGAUGGGGUGGAGCCACGAUGACACACCCCAUUAGGUCAUGUAGCCUUAAUUAUUACAGUGCCUAUUUAAAUAAGUAACUUACCCAAGUUUUCACAUUUUUACUUAAAAAAUAUAUAUAUUAAUCUUGCUUGUUAUACAAAUUUAGCGAAAAUGACACUAUAAUCUUAAAGUAAUCAGAAAAAAAGCAAUGACUUGCAUAAAUAGUCACUACAUUUAGUAUAACAACUACAUAAUCACAACUUUAUAAGUUGGAGUUCAGUUAAAUUAGUCACUAAAAAUGGAAAGCGUGGCACAUGACGGUUCUAAGAGAGUUUCAUUUGUCACAGCGGUUGGGACUGGAAUGACUGCGUUAAACUACUUUUGCGUGUUGCCUUACAGCUCGGUGCUAACAAACAUGACCCGCUGGCGUAAGAAAAUAGAGGCACCGUUGGCUUCCUUCACUGCUCACAGACUGCAGUUUUAUUUCAUGCUGUGAAACCUGGACUGGAACUUUAAAAUGUCAACACAUGAAAACAAACCACAAGAUGUUCACUGACAAUUAUCCAGUGUCUAAUUUUGUGUGUUCUGAAGAUAAAUGCGGAAACAACAGAAUGAUUCCUCUCAAGUGUCAAACAUGAUCACUUCUGCUGCAUCAGUUUUUGUGGCUUCAUUGUUUCAUCGCCACAAUGAUGGAUCAAUUAUUCUGCUCUGGUUUUAUUUAGUUUUUAAAUUCCUGUGUGUAUUUAUACUGCAAAGAGAACUCCAUGAAGUGCACGAUUGUGUAUAAAAUGG